CCGUCGGCGGCUUCUCGCGGCGCGGUCGCCCACCACAUCGAUCGAGCCAGUGCCCUCUGCCGCGCGCGUCUGGGCUCGUCUCUGACGUCAACAGCUUGGCCGUGGUCCAGUCGGGCCGGGGGCAGGUCCGCCCUGCCUCCGAGCGUGGCAGCUCAGUACAUACACGAGCUUGUAGCAGCUGCGGCAGCCAAACUCUGGUGCCGGCGGCAGCUAGGACGGUGAUUCUGUUGUCCCAGAGUCGGCGAGUGCUCCUGACCCGCUCUGAGUGAACCUGACCUUUUGUGUCGAGAGUCUUUGGUGACCUAUCGGUCAAGCCGUCACCAGCUGUGCUGGUGUGUGGCCUGUGGGUCACGGUCUCCACGAGCUGGUGACUUCCGCCGCCGUUUGGUGAAACUACAGGACAGAGCAUUACCCCCGCCGUGCUGAGGUGACUGGUGGUACCGCGGUGCUAGCGACUGGUGACUGGACGGUGCAAUUGGUCAGCUCCUGUCGCUUUAUAAGCAGCGACAAUGCUGGUGUGCCUCCCACGCUCCUGCGUGCCGGGCGCGGACUGCGAGUUCGGCCGCGAGCUCAAGGGAGGAAGCCGUAACCGGAAGCUGCGCAGGGGAAGUCUGCUGGCUCUGGUGGCUCGAGCGGUCGCCGCCGAGCUCGAGGCGGCCCCCACACACGAGCCGGUGGCCACAGCCUACCACCUGUUCAACGAGGCCCAGCAAAGCAGCUGGCGGCUGCAGAACACAUCAGUGAUCUCGCAGCUGUGCCAGCGCAGCUUCCUGCCAUUCUCCUACCCGAGCCUCUCAGCACUUCUGCAGCACUCUGCCCAGUACACCACUGCUCCGCCAAAGCCUCCUGUGCAGCUGCCUCGGCUACCACUCCCUGCACUUGAGAACACACUCAAUAAAUACCUGAGGUCCCUGAGGCCACUGGUGACUGCUGAUGAGCUGGUCAAUGUGGAGAAGAUGGUCUCUGAGUUCCUGAAGCCGGCCAGCACAGGGCAGAAGCUGCAGGCCAUUUUGGAGAAGAAGUACAACAACACAGACAACUGGCUGGCAGACUGGUGGCUGAACACAGCCUACCUCGAGUACCGCUCCCCAGUGGUGGUCUGGUCCUCGCCCGGCCUGGUAAUGCCACUGCAGCAGUGGGACACUCAGCAGCAGCAGCUCAAGUAUGCUGCGCGCCUCAUCUCAGACGCCAUGGCUUUCAAGAAGUUGCUGGAUGAGGGCCGGCUGCCUCAGGAGUACGCUGGUCCGGAUCCGCUGGACAUGCAGCAAUACAAGGACGUGCUGGGCACGUGCCGCAUCCCCGGCGUCGAUCACGACACGCUGCAGUUCCACCCGACCUCGGAGCACGUGCUGGUCGCCCACCGCGGACACUUUUUCACGCUGAGGGUGUACGGCCGGCACCGGAAGCUGCUCAGCGAGGCGCAAAUCUACGAGCAGCUGUGUCAGAUCGCCGCUGCAUCGCAGAUUGAUGCCCCCGGCGUCGGCAUUCUCACCACCGAGAACCGGAAUGUCUGGGGAAAGGCCUACAAGAAACUCUGCAAAGACAAGGAGAACCGCCACUCGCUGGAGGCGAUCCACUCGGCGCUGUUCGUGGUGUGUCUGGACGGGCCGAGCGCACCGCUGGACGUGAACCGGCAGACGGCCGCCGCCCUGCAGUGCGUGCACGGCGGCGGCGCCGACUACAACUCCGCCAACCGCUGGUUCGACAAGUGCAUCCAGUUCGUGGUCGGCUGCGAGGGGAACGUGGGCAUCACGUACGAGCACUCGCCGGCCGAGGGCGUGCCCGUGGCGCGCAUGAUGGACUACCUGGUGCAGCACCGGACUGACGACGGCGGCCGACUGCCGGCGCUCGACGUGACGCCGCCCGAGCGGCUCCAGUUCAACCUGGACGACGAGCUGCACCGCGAGCUGACCCGGGCGCGCGAGGACCUCGAGAUGAUGGUGCAGGACCUGGACAUGGCCUGCUUCACCUACUCCGGCUACGGCAAGAAGUUCAUCAAGUCGCAGCGGAUGAGCCCCGACAGCUACAUCCAGAUGGCCAUCCAGCUGGCCUUCUACAGGAUACACGGCGAGCCGGGAGCUACGUACGAAUCGGCCGCCACGCGCAAGUUCCAGCGCGGUCGGACGGAGACGAUCCGCUCGUGCUCGGCCGAGUCGGUGGCCUUCUGCCAGGCGAUGCUGGACCCCAGCGCCGCGCCGACCUCUAAGAUCGAGGCGCUGCGAAAUGCAAUCAACGCGCACAAGGAGUACGCCAAAGAUGCGGUGAACGGCCUGGGCUGCGACCGUCACAUGCUCGGCCUGAAGCUGGCCGCCAUUGAGAACGGAAUGGACGUGCCGGAGAUAUUCAUGGACGGCGCCUGGUCGCGCAGCACCCACAUGAAACUCUCCACCAGUCAGGUGCCGGUGGUAGCGGACGCGUUCAUGUGCUACGGCCCUCUCGUCCCCGAUGGCUACGGCUGCUGCUACAACCCGCGCGACACGCAGAUCAACUUCGGCACGUCGGCCUGCAACUCGAGCCCGGCUACAGUGGCUGCCGACUUCCGCGCCGCUCUGGAGAACUCGCUCAACGACAUGUUCAACCUGCUGCACUCCGGCUGACGGGCUGGCUGUCACUGGGCAGAGGACCGGCUCGCUCUGAGAGGUGGACAGAGGCAGAGAGGGACGGCAGAGGAGGUGAGGUGGAGAGAGGCUGGAGUAAUCGGCGGCGUGCGUUCCUCGAGUCUGCUCCGGUGGUGGUCAGAUAAUUUCGGCUGAUGAACGGGAUUGUGAAGCGAGUGACAGGGGAUAACUUCUCCGGCGUAUGAGCUUAUUCUUCCAUGUCUGAGAAGCUGGCUAUUGUGUGCGCUGAUCGCGAAGCGUAUUGAACAGGCCUUUACUAGACGAAUGCCAAAAUUCCUGGUAGCGUAAGGAAUUGACCAAAGAUUUAGUUGGCUAAAGGCUCGGUCUUUCCAGCCUGGCAUAAUACUGUGAUUUGUGAAGCACAAUUUGGCUUUGAUUUACUGCUGAAAAGCGUCACGAUACCGUCUGGAAAUGGUUGAGCUUUACCUAGCUUCAUGAUCUGCUUUUGCUAUCAGAUUGUCCAUGUUUUCUAUGCUAUAUUUUGUGCUGUCCACCGGUUGUGUUGGGUCUCAUCGGGGUAUCAAUAAUCUCUAGUUCAUUUAUGGGGCUAUUUCUUGUUUUUCGCAGCAACCAGUUUGUAAGUCGGGCAUCUGCACUAGGUUAGCUGGUCUUCGAAAUUUGUCCUAGGUCAAUCCCAGUUAAAACCGCCGGACAUUUAAAUCCUAACAAUCACCCAUCGAUUGGCUAUGGGCUGUGACGGUGCCGUGCUUUCAGAGGUGUCUGUCGUUCUGUCCUCUAUUCCCACCAGAUAAUGUCCACCCACUGGUCCCGGUGUUCUGUCGGAGCUGUGUAUGACGUGUCGGACUCCCCGGGAUGGGGACGUCCAGUGUGCGUGUCGCUGAGCGAGUUACAGCCGUCACCACUGGUGUGACGGUCAGACCGUCUGCCACGGAGGAGCGACCUGGGGCGACUGUCCAAAGGGCCGGCAUCCAAUGUCCGGGCCUCGCCAGGUGCGCUUCCAUUAUCAAUGCAAUGCCAAACGUUAUGGUGGGGACAGACUUGUGGAUUGGUCCCGUGUGUCGAGUGUAUGUAUCUGUAGCUAGACGAUCCCUGUAUAUUGACUAAUCGCGCCUGUGUGAAAUACAUUCAACCGUGGAAGA